AGAGGCACGAUUGGCCAUGCUGGCUCCCCGCCUCGCUGAGGAUUGGCCAAGCCGUUCACCUCCUCCCUCUCAUCUUGCUGGGCAUCCGCACUCCCGGGCUGCAGCUCUUCACGCUGACCACAGAGGGACCGGAGGAUGCCCACGCAUCAGCACUUGGUCGAUAAGAUGAGAAGACACUCCUGCUUUGUUUUUUUGUUCUGUGGGAUAUUUUUGCCCAGAAUCCUUGGUUUUCCACAGACAAAUACUUCAAUUGAUUGUGAUUCUCUGUUACCAAACUAUGAAGCUGAACCACAGACAUCUGCACCACCAUAUAUUAUUGCUGUAUCUUUUGAUAACUUUGAACCAGGAAAUGAAAUCCAAGUGACUUUAGAAGCCCUUAGAGAUGCUGGUUUUAAAGGAUUUAAUCUACAAGCUCGAGAGAUAGAAGGAGAUGUUCCUGUUGGUACUUUUAAAAUUACAGAUCCAAACACAAAAGGCUUGGAAUGUCAUAAUAUGACGAAUUCAGCAGUAAGUCAUGCAAACUCAGAUGUGAAACAGAAAGUUACAACAACGUGGAUUGCUCCACAUGACGUUAGAGAUCUUCAGUUCAUUGCAACUGUUGUUCAAGAUCUAGAGAAAUUUUGGGUUGGAAUUCAAAGCAAAAUUCUCACACCUACACGUUCUGAGUCAGUUAAUGGGACAGGAAGACAAAAAAGGAAGCUUAUGAUAGAAAUAGAAUGCAGCAAGCGUGGAGGAACGUACACAAGACAAGGUGGAUGUGUUGUGGUUCAACCUUCUGGUUCCUCUCAGAACAGCUAUUCAAGUGGUCAGAGUGGAGUAGUCUACACAAUAAGCAAGAGUGGAUGUGCACCAGGAGGUGCUGCCAAUGCAUAUGGCCUACAUGCUUGUAAAGAUAGUGCAUCUUCAUAUGGCAGUCUUACCUAUGGCCAGUCUGUUCCUGCAAGUAGUUCAGACUCCAGUAAGAAGGUAGUGGUCAUUCCCAACAGCAACCCUUUUCCACCUGUGCGUCAUACCUACCCCCAGAGUUUGGGCAGUUCUGCUACUAAGAUCAUAAUACAGAGUGGACAAAGACAGCAAAGCAGCAGUACUUAUGUUCAGGGUUCCAAAGGAAGCCAGUCCUAUGGCCAGGUCUACCGGCCUCCAGUUGUCAGUUCCUAUGGCCAGGGUGGGCUGACCUACUCAGGCAUCAGCAGUUCUUAUGGCCAGGGUUCCAAAGGAAGCCAGUCCUAUGGCCAGGUCUACCGGCCUCCAGUUGUCAGUUCCUAUGGCCAGGGUGGGCUGACCUACUCAGGCAUCAGCAGUUCUUAUGGCCAGCAGGGCGGAUCUUUUUCUUCAGGUGGUAGUAAUGGUUGUGGACAAGGUACUUCAUAUGAUAGCAAUCCCUGCCACCAGGGUGGAUCACAGAGUGGUAGCCAGCAGAGCGGAUCAUCAUCCUCACAAAAUUACGGUGGUGGCCAGGGUGGUUCAUCCUCACAAAACUAUGGUGGCAGCCAAGGUGGAUCCUCUUCUCAAAACUAUUAUGGUGGCCAAGGUGGAUCCUCCUCUCAAAACUAUUAUGGUGGCCAAGGUGGAUCAUCCUCCUUUGACUAUUACGAUAAUCAGGAUUCACAGGUUUCCUCAGAUGAUAAUCCCAAUGCUUGUGAUGAUAAUGACACAACAUAUAGUGCUAAUGGUCGGAAAUCUGGUUGUGCAAAGAAGAAGGUUGUUGCCAGAGAUACAUCACAUGUUUUGAGCAGAAGAGACUAUGAUGUACAGAAUGAAUCUUCUACUUCAAACAACAGCCACACUAACUUUCAGGGUGGAUCAUUUAUUGCAACUGGUGGUGGAUCAAGUAGUCAGGGUGGCUGCAUUUGUCCUGAUGGAAGCAGUGGUAUUAGACAGGGAGCCCCAGGUUCUUUCCAUGGCUCUUAUUCUGGUAACCAGGGAGGGUCUUCCUUCUAUCCCGGUGGAUCUUAUGGACAGGGAGCACCAGGUUCUUCAUACAGCACGUAUUCUGGUAACCAGGGAGGAUCUUCCUUCUAUCCUGGAGGAUCCUAUGGACAGGGAGCCCCAGGUUCUUUCCAUGGCUCUUAUUCUGGUAACCAGGGAGGGUCUUCCUUCUAUCCCGGUGGAUCUUAUGGACAGGGAGGGUCUUCUGUGUAUGAUAGUAGCAGUGAAUCCUACGGUCAGGAUGGAUCUUCCACAUAUGGAGGCGCUGGAUCUUAUGGUCAGGAUUCGUCUUCCAUAGGAGGUGGUGAAUCCGAUGAUAUCGAUUCCACCUCACCAUCUGGCAGCCGACAGAGUGAACGGGAUUUUUAUUCCCCAGGAGGCAGCCAGUCAGGUGGACAUGGAUUAUCCUCUCAAGGUGGUGGCUACUCCAGUGGACAGAGCUCAUUCUCAUCAGGAAGCAACCAGUACAACCAGUAUGGUGGGCAGGGAUCACCUUCUUCAGGAGGCGGCCAAUAUGGUAGACAGGGUGGAUGUGAUUGCUCUGGUGGAAGUUCCGGUGGAUCACCUACCUCACUGAGAAGCAAUUCCUCUGCAAAUGGCACAUCUCCUGGAGGCAGCCAUUACAGUAGCCAAGAUUCAUAUUCCUCUGAAACUAGCCGUUACGGUGGACAUGGAUCAUCAUCUUAUGGAGGCAGCCAUUAUGGUGGACGAGGUUCACCUUCCUCAGGAGGCAGCCAGUAUGGUGGACAGGGUUCACCUUCUUCAGGAGGCAGCCAGUAUGGAGGACAGGGUAUGGCUUCUUCAGGAAGCAGCCAGUUUAGUGGACAGGGCUUUUCUUCAGGAGGCAGCCAAUAUGGUGGACAGGGUGGAUGUCUGUGUCCUGGUGGAAACUCAGGCUCUUUUGGAGGAAACAGCUACCAUGGUGGACAGGGUUCAUCUUAUUCCGGAAGCAAUCAGUAUGGGGGACAGGGAUCUUCUCACUCAGGAAGCAGCCAGUAUGGGGGCAGGGCUCGUCUUCUUCAGGAGGCCGACAAUAUGGUAAACCAGGUUCAUCUUCCUUCGGAGGCAGUCAUCAAGGAAAACCAGGCUUCUCUAACUCAGGAAGCACUUAUUCUGGGAAACCGAAUUCGCCUUCCUCAGGAGGCAGUCAAGUGAGCUCUGCUGGGAAACACUCCAGUCCCCGACUCCUGCUGUUGUUCAGUGUUUUGAGUGCCUUUGUGCUCUCUGCUGUUACAUCAAAAUGGUCUAUAUGAACUUCUGAAGAUGUGUUUGGCAUCCUAGACAUGGAUUGUACACAGUAAUAUUAGAUUAAUUACUCGAUGUCAGAAAAAAAUACCCUUAAGUGAAAUUGGCAGAUUGUACUUGGUUAUCAUGUUCUAUGUCUGGUUAAUAUGUCAUGUCUUUCAUUAGUUUAUUUUCUGGUUUUAGUCGUUAGUAGAUAUCGUUAGUUUUGUCAGUGUUUUAGGCAUCAUUUUAGGUAUAAUUUUAAGAGAGAGCAUAUUGUACCUACCUAUAUGAUUUUUUUAAUUAUUUUUAUGUCCAGUCAGGAAUGUGAUGAACACCUAUCUGAACUUUUAAUUGGUGAGAGAAUCAAAUGCUUAGAAAAUUCUUGGUUAGUAACCAAAGCAGAAGGAAGUCAGAUUGUUUUAUGUGCAAACUGAGCAGUGUCCAGGUCCUCACCACUUAAAAUAAAGAUAACCUGUAACUUCUGGUAAGCAUAUGUCCAUAGUAUAGCAGAAAAAUUGCUAAAAUAAUAUCAGAGCAUUGGUUUUAGUCUAUUGUAGUCAAAUUCAAGUUUAAUAUGGAGGUUGCAAAGUGAAAAAUCUAAAAGGACUGAAAUCUGUGGGGUAUUAAAGCAUAUUUAUUAAGAAGCCAAACAUCUCAAAGCAAAGAAAUAUUCAACUCUGCUCAAAUGGAUUGCGAAUAGCUAGAGCAGCAACAGGAGGCAGUUAGGUCAGUUGCCUGGAAGCUGCUGAAAACCAAUGUAUUUUGCUCUGGGAAGGAACGAAACGUAAUAAAGUUCACAAGACUGGUAGUA